GUAGAGAAGCUAAAGACUCCUACAGAUUUUAUGAUAAAGAUUACAAAGUGAAAAUAUAACAUGAAUUUACAAUAAUACGAAAGUUGAAGAAGACGGAAGACAAGUAAAAACUUUUAAUAAUUUAAUUAACAAGUUAACUAAUUAGUAAUAAAUUAAUGGACAAAUUAAUAAAGUUAGGUUAAGCGGAUAUUAUAAUAUUAAAAAUUCUUUCAAGUGUGUUUAUAACAUAUUUACGUUAUCUUUUAAUUCUUUUACUCUUUAUAAGCAUACUAGAACAGAUAAUAGCAUCGUUUCACUAAUAGUAAUAGAUAUAUAAAUAUGUGCAUGUAGAAAAAUUAACUACGAUGAAUAGGCUAGUCGUAAAGGUAUCUCUUGUUUAUGAGCGCCAUAGCAAUAAGAAAAUUAACAGAUAACUUUUCUUAUCCUUUGUUUUCGUUAGAAUCUUUGUAACAUACACGUGUUAGAGGACCAACUUCUUCUAUUCGAAUCGUUUGCAAGACUCAAUUGAACAAACAGUCUGAACGGAGAGACCAACGAAAAGACUGAAACACUUUAAAAAGUAUCAAGAACAAUGGACAGUAGUACCACAUCAUCUUCGGACUUCCUGACUAAGACGACAAAUACUUUGGCAUGGCCGGAUUAUCUGAUCUUUUCGCUUACUCUUCUCGUUUCAUUAGGCAUAGGAAUUUAUACGGCAGUUGCGGGAGGUGGUCAAAAAACCACUAAUGAAUAUCUUAUGGGUAAUAGGAAUAUGAAAGUUGUACCAGUUUCUUUGUCGAUGUUUAUGAGUUUUGUAUCAGCAAUUUUGGUGUUGGGUAAUACCGGAGAAAUGUACCAAAGAGGUACAAUGUAUUGGUUACAAUGCGUUGCUAAUUCGAUAUCCUACGUUACAAUUGGAAUGGUAUUUGUCCCCUUAUUCUUUCCGUUGAACGUAACCAGUUCAUUCGAAUAUCUGGAAAGAAGAUACAAGCAUAAAUCCGUGAAAAUUGUUGGAACUAUAUACUUGAUGCUUUCGCAAAUUAUAUACAUGGGAAUAGCCAUGUAUUCUCCCGCAACGGCACUUGAAGCAGUCACAAAUUUUCCAGUAUGGGCGUCAAUUUUAGCUUCCGGAAUAGUUGCAACAAUUUAUACAACAAUCGGUGGUAUGAAGGCAGUUAUUUGGACUGACGUGUUCCAAGGUAUCGUCUAUAUGGUUGGCGUUAGCGCUAUUCUUGGUUUUGGUGUUGAAAAAGUUGGUGGUUUGAAGAAGGUAUGGGAUAUUUCGAGGGAGCAUAAUAGAUUGGUUGAUUUCGGUUCGUGGGAUACUUGGACAUUUAAUCCGGCUAUAAGAUUAUCAAUAUGGUCCGUUAUGAUUGGAAGUUUUGUCAACUCUCAUCAAACCUCUGGCACUGGACAAACUUCCGUUCAACGUUAUUGCGCCCUACCAACGUUGCGUGGAGCAAAAUUAUCUGUACUUUUAAACGCUCCUGCUAUUUGCUUAAUGUUUUCAAUAACCUGCUUAAUUGGUCUAACAGUUUUUGCCUAUUAUAACGGAGUCGUUCAAUGCGAUCCUCUUAGCGCAAACUUUAUCAAAAAUCCAAAUCAACUUUUGCCUUAUUUCAUCAUGGACGCUAUCAACCGCAAAGGAUUGCCUGGUCUCUUUUUAGCCGUUCUCUUUUCUGGAGCCUUAUCAACCGUUUCUUCGUCUUUAUCCGCUCUUUCAGCCGUUGCAUGGAAGGAUUUGUUAGAAUGGAGAUUUAAGCAUAUUCCAGAAAGUAGAAAAGCUCUUGUAACCAAAUUUUUGGCAGCAUUUUUUGGUUGUGUAGCCAUUGGAAUGGCAUUUUUGGCGAGUAAGAUGGGUAACGUUCUCCAAGCGUCUCAAAGUUUCGUUACAGGUGUAGCAGGACCAUUGUUGGGUAUGUUUGUUCUAGGUGCAGUAUUUCCCUGUGCGAAUUGGAAGGGUGCUACAAUUGGAAGUAUUUUCGGUCUAGGAAUAACAAUGUGGAUUACAAUUGGUGCUUACAUAACAAAGCCUUAUUCUCUAACUUUACCAGUUGUAACUGAUAGAUGUCUGAACUAUACGCCUCCAGCUUUUCCUCCAACAAAUCCACCCAACGUAUUAGGAAUCUACAAAAUCUCUUAUUUAUGGUACGCAACCGUAGGAACAUUAACGACUAUUAUUGUUGGGUUAGCUGUGUCCUUUGCAACAGGACCAACAAAUCCGAGAAGCGUUCACCGGAAGUAUAUCAUAGCAAUUGUAGAUCAGUGUUAUUGCUGUUUACCUGAAAGUUUUAAAAAGUUAUUCAGAUGUUGGGAACCAAGCGAAGCCAUUGACGAAGAUGAGAUAACAGAAGAAAUUGAAUUGAAAGAUUCCAAGAUUGUGACAUCCAAGAAAGAUAGUCAAGUAGCUCCGCUACCAGACUAUUCUGCUACAGAGACGGAGGCUCAUCAAAGGGUUGGUUAUAAAGUGGAGGAUAAUCCUACGAAAUAUUAAAAGAAAAGCCAAAACAAACAAACAAACAAAUUAAUAAAUAUUUUGAAUAUGUAAAGAAAAACUUGUUUUUAUUUCAUUUUGUUAUGAAUAAUUAAUUAGAUAAUUAAUUAAUAAAUUACGAUGAAUGUACUGUAUGGAGUUGUUUCUUUUCUCUCUCUCUCUCUCUCUCUCUCUCACAUAUAAGCAAACAUCAAUGUUUAUUACAAUUAGCAGUUUAUUAGUUUGCCAUCUGUAUAGCAGUUAAAGAUUACACCUUUUAAACAAAUGUCUACAUUAAUAUUUAUACUUCAAAAAGAAAUGAUACAGAAUAGUAAAAAUAGUUGAAAUAAUAUAUUAAUAACGAUAAUAGGUAUAACACUGUUGUUAAGGGAAAAAAAACAGUUCAAGUUGACUUUGUGACAUCUUCUUUCUUCGGUUCGUCCGCUUGGAAUGCUGGAUUUUCGUGUCCAUUUACUUUAUUAUCCAUUGGAUGAAUGGCGUUUCUUGACGAGUUACCCUUCAUCUAAUUAAAAGGUAAUAAAACGAAAGUAAGAAUUACUUAAAUGUUUGACUCGUUUAAUUGUUUUCUCUUUUUACCUCGACAGUUUCAAACUCUUCUU